AUGGCAAUUGGAGACGGAUUGAUCGAUCCAAUCAAUGAAUGGGAUUACGGACCGCUCAUGUACCAGCUAGGAUUAAUUGACGAGAGACAAUUGUCGUAUGUUAAUUUACAAACAGCUCUAGCACGAUUCCAAAUUGAAUCACAAAAUUAUACUGCUGCCUAUAUGUUAUUCGGUUACAUAAUAGGAGAGUAUUAUACUAAUGUCACUGGAUUACAAAACAUAUACAACUAUCUGCUAGCGCAGGAACCCGAAGAGCUUGGCUAUUAUGUUCCAUGGGUAACAGCAGAAGAUUCUCGACGACGACUUCAUGUUGGUAAUUUAACCUACAAUAAUGGUGAAAAGGUUGAACAAGCCUUGAUAAAUGAUAUAAUGCAGUCCAUUGUUGAUAAAGUUGUCGUUAUUGCGAAUAAUUACAAAGUUAUGAUUUAUAAUGGUUUAUUAGACAUUAUUAUUGGUGAGCCAUUAACUCAGAGUUGGAUCAAUAAAUUCGAGUUUCAGUAUACUGAUGAGCUAAGAAAAGCUGAACGUCACAUUUGGAAAGUUGAUCCAAAUGAUGAAGAAGUUGCUGGAUAUGUUAAGCGUGCACAUGAUUUCUAUUACGCAACAGUUAGAAACGCAGGACAUAUGGUACCGCAUGAUCAACCACGAGCUACAUUCGAUUUAAUUGAUCGAUUCGUCAACGAUAAUUUUUAG